UUUCUUAUAUCUUAUUUCAGAGAAGAUUACAAAGGAUAUGUACCACCAUACACACCUCGUUUCUACAAUGGCUGGCACCCAGCACCGUCAGCAGAUGACUAUGCACCACAACCAGCACAAGGAAUACCUAAGAUCCAACCAUCAAUGAUGGGAGCCAACAGAGUACUAGUUGCACAUCAUGAACCUUUCAUGCAAGAGAAAAUGGGACCACCAAGCCAAAGAUUUAACAACAUACCUGUACCAUCUGUACCUGAUAAUAGUAACGAAUUGUUUCUUCAGGGUCUACGAGAAAGAGGUGCCAAAUUUUGUGAGGUAACACAUUAUCGACAGAAGAAAAAUACCAAGGAAUUAACUGUUAUAAAAGGAGAAAUUCUUGAAAUUUUGGAUGAUUCUAGAAACUGGUGGAAACUUAAGAACUGCAGAGGACAAGUUGGACAUGCUCCAUAUACCAUUUUAAGUCAACAUGUGUCGCUGACCCCUAUUGACAAUGGAGGAAAUCGGAAUAUCUUACAGAACUCAGCAGCAGGGUCUUCGAUGAAAGGUGACUUGCGAUAUUUCUAAAACAAAAAAAAAAAAAAGACCAACUCCCUGCCAUAAAAACCUGUUUUAAUCUACCAUUUCUCAAGGCUUUUGAGCUAUCCAGGUUUUUCUUCUUCCCUGCACUUUCCUGUAUCUUAUUUUCCUUGUAUUCUAUUUCUUGUAUUUUAUUUUAUUUUAUUUCUCCUAAAUCUUAUUCUUUUCUUCUUCCAAAUUCUUUCCUAUCCUUUUUCUUUUUACUUUUCUUUUUCUAAAUUCUUCCACAUUCCCCUUCCUCUUCUUUCCUUCCUUCAAAUCACAUCAGCUGCAGAAACAUUCAUUAUGGAAUUAAAAAAACCCCAAAAAACCCAGAAACCUUUGUACAUUACAAAUGCCAACAUCCCAACCCUUGGUCCCUUAAUUGACCAUAAAACAGAAGACAAUAAUCAUUUUAGUAAAACCUUCACAAUUAAAACAAA